ACCAGGAAACGUCACAUAUUUCUCAUGCAUAUUAUAACGAAACGUUCGCAACUUCAGGAAAUAUUUCACUACCACAAUUAUUGUAUAGCCACCAACUAAUUUUUGGCAACGAAAAUUAAUUUUUGUGCAAAAAAUGUCGUCAGCAAUUUGUUACGGGGGAUGGUGUACUGUGGCACGUGGCACCCUUAUCAUUGGACUUUUGCAUAUUAUUUGCGGAAUUGCCUCAAUUAUCCAUAACUCGAUCGACCUCAAUAUCAUGAUGAAUUAUCCGGAUCGAACUACAGACCCAAAGUUCCAACAAGAUCGAAUUUUCCGCAUCAGAUUUGACUUUGUCCAGAUCUUCAUGACCGGUGUGCACGUGAUCCUAUCAUGCCUGAUGGUACAUGGCUAUCGGAAGCAAAAUUAUCGCCUCAUCAUGCCCUGGUUAAUUUGGAGCAGCGUGUCGCUUACCAUCCUGGCUACCGGAAUUACCAUCCUACUUUUAACCAUGGUCCUGGGUGGACAAGCCGACGACGCGGGUGUGAUUCUCGCCAUUUCCGGAAGCUACUUCGUCAUCCAGGCAUAUUUCAUCGUUGUGGUGAAGAAAUUCGUCCAUGAGUUGGAGGGAAUGACUUCUUAUUAAGAGAAAUACUAAAUAUGUUUUGUUGCAAAUCUUUAUUUAUUAAUGGAUAUGAAAACAUUGCCAUAUUUAGGUAUUUAUGAAGGGUAAGGAAAGUCUGUAAAUGGAACAUUCUUAAGAAUAAUUUAACGUUUUGAAGAGGAAAUGCACACUAAGUUUUGUGUGUAGUUUUGUAUGUAUUUAAUGCUCUCAAUUUUAAAUUAAAUAACUAUGUAGAUAUAUACAUAUACUAAAUCCAGGGUAAACUUUAUCCUCCAUGAAGUUAACGUUACUCUAGAUUUGUCAUAGUAUAGUUUACCUAAUUUAGACUUUGUAGCAUUGAGGAGACACUUUUCAAAGGGUAACAUUGUUUUUAGGAGGAUAUUUAGGUAUGGAUUAUUGGAAGUGUGUCUCGUGUAUGUGUGUGAAGGCAGAGUUUGGCAUAAUUGUUUGAUUAUUUAUGAAAUCCAAAAAGAAUUACUCGACUCUUUUGAAAAAUUGAAAUUUUUAUGAUGAAUUUGUAACUUUAAUUUAUUUUUUAAAAUAUGUUGUCUAAAUUUGGUUAAUUUAAAUAAUAUAUUGUACGUAUUUUAU